AUGCAAGACUGCAAGGAAUACACUCACAGUUCAUUCACUAAGCAGGGCUUCUCUAUGUCUAUAUAUGAUGUGACAUCAAGAAGCAUUUAUCUCAGAUGGCCCAAUUUCUCAGGAGCCUCUUCCUACAGAGUUACAGCAGCUCCUGUAAAUUCUGUAGGCCAGUCAUUAUUGGCUCAUUUUAGUGAUGUUACCCUUAAAGGUACUCUGACAUCAUUAAUUCCCAAUACUAUUUAUGUUAUACAAGCAGAAGCCAUUGACAAGAAUGGAGUUAUUCUGGCUGAAACACAGAUUAUGCAGUCAACAGCUCCAGACAUACCUGUUACUGACCAAGCUUAUUCAAAACUUAGCAACAGUAUCACAGUGGAAUGGAGAGCUGUUCCUGGGGCUACUAGUUAUGUACUAACUGCUGGAGAUGGAGAUUCCUUCAUUGAAACUAUAGUUACAAAUUCACCAGGCACAGUGACAGGACUGAAAGCUGCUACCCUGUACAGAAUCACCAUCAGAUCUAUAAAUUCAGGCAGAAGAAGCAAACCUUCACCUUCAAGAAAAGCAAAAACAGUCCUGGCUGCACCAAUCCUGUCAGUAAGUUCUCCAAGUUGUGACUCCAUUGCGGUGAGCUGGAAAGCUGUGUACAUGGCAGUUGGAUUUUCUGUGUCCCUCAUAAGGUCAGAUGGUUUGGGCAAAAUGCUAAAAGAGGACACCACCACCACCUCCUUGAUAUUCACAGAUCUAGACCCAGGAACCUAUACUAUCAAGGCAUAUGCCUGGAACGUCAAUGGGAUGCCUGGAGAUGAUUUCACAUAUAACCAAAGAACAAGUCCAAAGGCACCAGCAGAUGUUCAAGUAGCUUUUAAUAGCGGCACUUUAAGAGCUAUUGUUUCUUGGAUGCCAACAGAAGGAGCUCUAACUUACAGUGUGAUAGUCUCCAAUAGACUCUUUAAAUUGAAGCAUAACACAUCUUCUACCUCCUGCAUGGUGCCAUCACUCCAAUGUGGAUCAGAAUAUUCCAUUUUUGUCAUAGCACAUAAUGAUGCUGGAUCCAGUAAACCAACUGUUGCAGUAAACUUAAGAACUAUUCCUUGUGCACCUGGAAAUAUAUCAGUUGAAGAGGAUGAAACUGGGAACCUGUUGGUAUCAUGGUCUAGCAUGAAUUUUGGUCAUUAUUAUGUGUUUUUUGUGAAAAGUGAUGAUGGCUAGGAAGUGCACUGCAACACAUCCCAUACUCAGUGCCAUUUCCAGUCAGACUGCAGCUUCACCUAUUUCAUUAGUGUCUUUGCAUAUAACAAGGCAGGGCAGAGUUCUUUAGGUGAUGUAUUCAAUUACACUGCUGCACCUUGUUGCCCCAGUGACUUCAGUGCCGUGUUUGUGCCGAGUGGCACGCUGGAGGUUACCUGGUCUCCUGUCCGUGGUGCUGAAAUGUACGAAACCAAAGCUGCUGACGGCACUGGCGCAGUGCUGUGCAGGGACACAGCCACAGCGUGCACCUUAUCGGCUCUACGGUGUAACACCCAGUAUAAUAUCACUGUUUAGUCUUUCAGUGAAGUCAAGGGUGGCAAUAAAUCAUGCGCAUCUAAAUAUGUGGCAACAGCUCCUUGCAAUCCUGAAAUUAAAAAUAUCUCAAAAGACACUCUUUCUGCAAUCAGCAUGUACUGGCAAUCUAAUAACGAUGAAGCUACAUAUAUCAUCCCUGCCAGAGGAGAGGCUGGAUUGUGGCACUGCACAAGCUCUGGAAACUCCUGUACCAUAAUUAAUCUUCCCUGAGGAUCUGUUUUUUCUAUUAGCGCUAUAGCAACAUCACCAGCAUGACAGAGUUUACCAAGCUACAGCGUCCCUUUAGAGACAGCUCCUUGUUGCCCUACUGACCUGACACUAACUCAAGUGACGCAGUCUGUAACAAAUAUCAGCUGGUCUGUUGGGAUGGGUGCACAGACAUACCUAACAGCAUUGGAGUAUCCAAAAGGACAGGCAAAGUGUCACACUCUUCAAAACUAUUGUCUCCUGGGAUGCAUCACAUGUGGCACCAACUAUACACUAUCUCUGAAAGCAAUUAGUGAAACUGGUUUGACAUCCAGUUGCAUGUAUCAAGGAUAUUCUUCCAGUGCUUGCUGUCCUUCUGGGGUGAAGCUAUACAGACUUGGCAAUAAUGGUACCAGGGUACACUGGCGAGCUUCUGAAAAAAUGACAUCUUACAAUACUGACCUAUAUGGCUCAAAAGGCAAUUUCACCUGUGCCCCUCACUCAGGUCUAAGCCACUGUGGUAUCACUGAGAUACCUUGUGGGGAUAUCUACGCAGUGGUAGUAACUACAGCUACUGAUAAAGGGCCGAAGCUUACACUUUGUCCUAAAAAAAUAUAUUCAGUAACUUGUUCUGGAAGCUCUCUUGGAAUGGUGAUUUAUAGAGGAAAGAGAAAUGCAGAACAACAUCUGUAA